AUGGACAUCGCCAUCCAGCACCCCUGGUUCAAGCGUGCGCUGGGCCCCUUCUACCCCAGCCGGCUGUUUGACCAGUUUUUCGGCGAGGGUCUCUUCGAGUACGACCUGCUGCCCUUCCUGUCCUCCACCAUCAGCCCCUAUUACCGCCAGUCCCUGUUCCGCACCGUGCUGGACUCCGGCAUCUCCGAGGUCCGCUCUGACCGGGACAAGUUCGUCAUCUUCCUGGACGUGAAGCACUUCUCCCCGGAGGACCUGACUGUGAAAGUGCUGGAGGACUUUGUGGAGAUCCACGGCAAGCACAACGAGAGGCAGGACGACCAUGGCUACAUCUCCCGUGAGUUCCACCGCCGUUACCGUCUGCCGUCCAACGUGGACCAGUCGGCGCUCUCCUGCUCCCUGUCUGCGGAUGGCAUGCUGACCUUCUCUGGCCCCAAGGUCCCGUCUGGCGUGGAUGCUGGCCACAGCGAGAGAGCCAUCCCCGUGUCGCGGGAGGAGAAGCCCAGCUCUGCGCCCUCGUCCUAAGCUCGGCCUCGGCCUCGGCCUCGGCUGCCACCGCUGCUGCCCCCACGGCCCAUCGGUCUGGGGGAGCCCUAGAAAGUGGGGUGCUGGUCUCCUUUUGCUUUCCUUCUUUCCAUUUCCUUUUCCUUUCCUCUGAGGGAGCGAGGGUUUGGGGAGGGUAGCCUGGAGGGCUUGGGGCUUCCGCCUGCGGUGCCCCGGCCUCGGGGCCGCCCCGAUCCCAACACUGGCCGCCGGGUGGAUGUGAUCGCCUCCCCCGCUUCCUGACACGGCCGCGCCGUGCUCCCAGAGGAGGCCACCUCGGGACGACCUCUGGGUCCCCAGGGCCAGCCAGGCACACCUUGACCCUGGGCGGCGGGCGCCCGUGUCACGGCCCGGCUGUGCAUCCUGCCCUCGUUCCCCGGGUGCCCCGAGGUCCGUCUGGCGGAGCCCCCC